GCAUGACCGAGUACAAACUUGUGGUGGUGGGGGCAGGAGGUGUGGGGAAGAGCGCUCUCACCAUCCAGCUCAUCCAGAACCACUUCGUUGAUGAAUAUGAUCCAACCAUCGAGGAUCGAUACAGAAAGCAGGUGGUGAUUGAUGGAGAGACGUGUCUGCUGGACAUCCUGGACACUGCAGGUCAGGAGGAGUACAGCGCCAUGAGGGACCAGUACAUGAGGACAGGAGAGGGCUUCCUCUGUGUGUUUGCCAUCAACAACACCAAGUCCUUUGAGGAUGUUCACCUCUAUAGAGAGCAGAUCAACAGGGUGAAGGACAGCGACAGCGUUCCCAUGGUGCUGGUGGGGAAUAAAAGCGACCUGAGCACCCGCACCGUGGAGACGCGACAGGCGCAGGAGCUGGCGCGGAGCUACGGCGUGCCGUUUGUCGAGACCUCUGCCAAAACCAGACAAGGAGUAGAGGAAGCUUUCUAUUCGCUGGUACGGGAGAUUAGAAGAUACAAGGAGACCAACCGCAGCAACAAGAAGAGCAAGAAGAACACUCAGAGACGUUGCAUAAUACUAUAGCAAACCACACACACAUGCAGCACCAGCAUCCCUUACAGCACUUGUUUCAUGCUCCCUCUCACACACUGCACCUCCUCUGUGGAGACGUCUUAGCACAGCUCCAGACAGAGAAGCAGGCAAAAAAAAAAAAAAAAAAAAAUCUUUUUUUUUUUUUUUUUACUGCUGCCAUAGUUUCCACUAACAGUAUGUCACCAAAAGAUUUGCCAUUUACUCAUCCAAUGUGCAGUGUCCAUUUAACGCUGUGAAUUCAUUAGGGUUUUUUUUUUAUCCAAACAACUAGAAGCUACAGUUUUUAGUUGAAUGUUUUUCUUUUUGGUUAAGGUCAGCAUUUGUGAAAGUUUAAUUUGAGUCUGUGGUAGAAAAAACUUUUUCCCCAAGAACCAGUGAGAAGUUGUCUGUGCAGACAAUUCUCUCUUUCUAAUUAUAAACAGCCUGGCCAGUGUUUUCAGCUGCUUUUGACUUUAGGGGUCAAGGCUUCAUAAGUGGUGCAUCACUGCACUUUGCACAGUCACAUCAGGUGAUGAACUGAAUUCACAUCUCCAGAAUGAUUUCAGGACUCAUUCACUGUUCAGGACUCGGAUGCUCGUUUCCUGUGAAACUGUUUUGUUUCCAGACAGAUGUUUGUCACCUUCCCCUUGUGUUUUUUCAUAAGUUGGUGUGUCCUCUGGGGCUUGAAACACAACAGCAAUAUGUAGUUGUUUUUUAUUUUCCUCACAAAGACCGUACGUUAGUGACAGUGUUGCAGUAGGAUAGGAUCACCACAGUAACAAAAGCCUCAAAAUUGUGUUCCAGACUCCUAGGUGCACUUUAUUCAUUUCCUGUGUUUUAUUAUAGUAGAAUUUAGAGUUAGCGGUUGCGCCAUUUGAAAAGUUUACUCAGGAAUAUGGUGUUUUAUCAGGAACUGAGGAAUAACAGACUGAGAGCUGUGUCAAAUGAUCGGUUGAUACCUGACGCCUUUUCUGCCAUCUUUAAACUUAUCAUUUGAAGUGUCAGCCCCCACUGUUUGCUCCACACAGUCGCACUGUAUUCCAAAGUUCACUUUUUAAUGCAAUUUGUACGUCAGUCCCAGUGUUGGUGGUUGAAGUUGUCGCUGUGUCCAAGUGCAGUUUAUGCUACACCACACUGCAACGGAGCAUGUACAAAUAUUCAUGUGGUAAGAACAUGAAACCACUGAAACCAGUGUUUAGCUUAGCAGUCUCACAGUCAUGGUAUCUGCUCAUACUUGGUGCUGGUUAAGCAUAUUCAAUAGGGCAACCUUUUUUUUAUAGCAGUGUUUGUCUUUUUUGAUAAUUACCAUCACUCUUAAAUGUAAUGGAUGGUUAAAUUUCUAUUUUUGUAGCAUUACAAACCAUUUCCCCCAACAUCUGCAUUAAGAAACUGCUGUCCACAUAGUUACUGAAAUUAUAUCAAAGUUUAGUGAGUUAACUUCAGCUGAGUUGUAUCUUGCUAAUGGAACUGAGUCCAACCACGAUGGAUUCCUUUUGUUUUUUGGUGUAAAACCAGCAGGCUCCUAAUGCCUGUCUGACUAUCAGUGUCAAUCCAAAAAUAUACUAAAACUUGAUUUGAUCAGAACUAGCCUGUCACUGACAGCUAUGGAAAAUCUGUAAUGCACUCUGCUGUAACGAACAAGUAAAUGUCUGUAGCUUUUACAA